AAACAAUGCUAUAUCUCCUAUGGAACAACUCCUGUUAACACUUCGCAUUUAUGCAACUGGGUCAUUUUUAAUAACAAUCGGUGAUUUUUCUGGCGUUAGUACGACUUCUGCACAUUAUAUUGUACAUAGAGUGAGUCAAGCUAUUGCCAGAUUACAACCCCGUUAUAUUCACUUUCCAACAACACAGCAGGAAAUAAGAAAGGAACAAUUACAAUUUUACAAUAUCGCACGCUUUCCAAGGGUCAUUGGUUGUAUUGACUGUACUCAUGUACGUGUCCAGUCCUUUGGUGGAGAAAAUGCUGAAUUGUUCCGCAACAGAAAAGGUUACUUUUCUUUAAAUACUCAAGUAGUUUGUAAUAGCAAUCUAGAAAUAACAAAUAUAGUUGCUCGUUGGCAUGGUUCUGUACACGAUAGCACUAUAUUUAAUAACUCUCGCUUGAGAGCAAAUUUUGAAAAUGGAGCAUAUGAUAAUGGGUUAUUGUUAGGAGACUCUGCCUAUCCUAUAAAGAAGUAUCUUGUAACUCCGUUAUUAACUCCACAAUCUGCAGCAGAACGACUGUAUAACGA